UCUCUCUCUUGCUCACUCUGCAUUUAUAUACUCCACUCUUCUUCUCUCCACUUCACACAAAGGAAGAAAAUAAAAAAAUGGGAAACUCUCUGGUCUUUCUUUUCCCAAUCUUCCACUUGUUGGUGUUAUUAGGAUCCUCAGUAAAUGCUUAUUGGCCACCAUCACCUGGUUACUGGCCAAGCUCCAAGGUUGGCUCCUUGAGCUUCUACAAAGGUUAUAAGAAUCUUUGGGGUCCUCAGCAUCAGAGAAUGGACCAAGAUGGCCUCACCAUUUGGCUCGAUAGAACCUCAGGAAGUGGAUUCAAGUCAGUGAAGCCAUUCAGAUCAGGCUACUUUGGAGCUUCCAUCAAGCUUCAGCCUGGCUACACUGCCGGAGUCAUCACAUCUCUCUAUCUAUCAAAUAGUGAGGCACAUCCAGGAUUCCAUGAUGAAGUGGACAUAGAAUUUUUGGGGACGACAUUUGGAAAACCAUACACACUUCAGACAAAUGUGUACAUUAGAGGAAGUGGUGAUGGCAAAAUCAUUGGUCGUGAGAUGAAGUUUCGCUUGUGGUUUGAUCCAACUUCGGGGUUUCACCACUAUGCUAUUCUUUGGAACCCUAGAGAAAUCAUUUUUUUGGUGGAUGACAUUCCCAUAAGAAGUUACCCAAAAAAGAGUGCAGCUACAUUUCCUUUAAGACCAAUGUGGCUUUAUGGUUCCAUAUGGGACGCUUCUUCUUGGGCAACUGAAGAUGGUAAAUACAAAGCCGACUAUAAAUAUCAGCCUUUUACUGCCAAAUACACUAAUUUCAAAGCCAUUGGUUGCACCGCCUACUCACCAGCACGAUGUCAUCCAGUGUCCGCUUCCCCGUACCGUUCUGGUGGGCUAACCCGAAAACAAUACCAAGCAAUGAGAUGGGUACAAACACAUAAUAUGGUAUACAAUUACUGCAGAGAUUAUAAGCGUGAUCAUUCUCUAACGCCUGAAUGUUGGCGUUAAAUGUCUUGAACUUGAAUAUUUUUUGAUACCAUAAAAUGUUCGGGGAAUUAUUGGAGAGUUUUUAGUAAUGUAUUACGAUGUGGUCUUUUUCCAGUAAAAAUAAAUUUUUAUUUUUUGGCUUA